AUGUACUCGAAAGAUUUCCGCGAUCAUCUUAUGGAAUCCAUCCAGACCUCGCAGUCAGCAAUCAUGGCUGCUCUUGUUGAACCUCUUGAGACCGAGUCGUUGGAAUUAAUAGUCCUGAGUGUAAAAUUUCGGCCUGAAGACAGUUUGGGUCAAACUGUCAUUGAUCCUUUCACCAGAAUGGAGCGCGCUCAAGGGGAAAUGAAGGAAAGAAGCGGAUACUUACUUUGCUUGAUACCUAAAGAAUGGGGAGAAGAAGGUAUCCGCAUCCCGCUCCUUAAGCUCUGCUCAACCCUCCAAUGUCAGGAUGUUGGCUGCAUCAAGACGUGGAUUGACUUUGAGAAUUGCAUCUGA